AUGCAGGAGGCAACGAGAUCAGCAAGCCCUUCUCACGAUUUCGAUAAACAUGGACAAGACCAUCUCGAGAUGGUGGCUACUCGCACCCCGCCGGGCGAGCCCGAGAAACAGCAGUUGGCACCUGUCAUGAGCAGAGGCCCAGAAGUGCAUGAGAAGAUGAACGCAAAGCUGUUCAUGACUCUUGUCUGCAUGUCAUUCCUCUGGAUUGGCUCUCAGAUUCCGCUCUACCUCUUCGGCUCAGUCCUUCCGCUCAUCUACCAAGAUGUUGGUGGAGUUGAUCGAUACAUUUGGUUUGUCAUUGGAUACCUCAUUCCAAACGCGGCGCUCUGUCCGUUUGUGGGAGCCUUGUCAGACCUCUUCGGACGUCAAAAGGUGGCUAUCGUAGGCCAGGUAGCACUCAUUAUCGGGCCGAUCAUAACUGCGACCGCAAACACUAUGAACAUUGCCAUCGCCGGCCAGGUCUUCUCCGGCAUCGGUGCCGGCUUGAACGAGCUUAUCGCCCUCGCCGGUACAGCAGAAGUCGUGCCGAUCAAGGACCGCGGCAAGUACGUUGGCCUUGUGGUAAUCACCAUCCUUCCCUUCUGCCCAUCAGUGCUGUGGGCUCAGUUGAUCGCUCAACAAAGCGACUGGAGAUACAACGGCAUCUUAGUUGGAGUAUGGAACUUCGUCGGUUUGAUACUAUGUAUCUUCUGUUACAAUGAUCCGUCCCGCCUGACUGAGGAGUACACUGCCCGCCAUGUCCUCCGCCAGGUCGACUACAUUGGCGGUAUCCUAAGUACAGUUGGCAUCACUCUAUUCAUGAUGGGGCUACAAUGGGGCGCAUCACAGUAUGAAUGGGGCAGCCCGCACAAUGUGGUGCCUCUGGUCCUAGGUAUCGUUCUUAUCAUCGCCUUCUUCGUAUGGGAAGUGUAUGCUCCAUACCCUAUGGUUCCUCGGGCGCUCUUCCACAAAGCCAAAAGGACCAUGAUCGUCAUCCUUCUCAUCACCUUCCUCAGUGGUGGUAACUACUUCGUCAUGCUGCUCUUCUGGCCGACCGAGGUCUACAACGUCUAUGGCGACGACCCGGUCGGCAUUGGUAUUCGCUCGCUACCCAUUGGCUUUGGCAUCAUCGGCGGCGCGGUUGUCUGCCUGCUCCUCAUUCCCAUUACCAAAGGCCGCGUCCGCGAGUUGAUGAUAUUUUUCACUGCCAUGAUGACAGCUGGUACAGGAGCCAUGUGCAUUGCGAGACCAGACAACCUCAACGUAGUCUACGCCGUCGUCACAUUGGCGUCCGUUGGAGUCGGUGGAGUUAUUAUUCCCUCAUCAAUCAUUGCGCAGAUUGCUUGCCCGGACGAGCUCAUUGCCACCGUUACGGCCAUCACACUUAGCAUCCGUUACCUUGGUGGCGCAAUCGGGUUCGCCGUGUACUCCAACCUCUUCUUCCGCAAAGUCACUAUACACUUGACCGAGAUCGUCGCCACCAAGACCUUAGCGUAUGGCGCCAUUAUCAACCCUCUGUCAGCCGAAGGGCUUGCCGUCAUCACACACGUUACCAAUCUCAUGGGCAACGCGAGGUUCGAUGAAGUCAAAGAGAUCCUUGCUACAAGCCCUGAAGUUUUGAAGCGAGACUCGUUUCCUAUGAUAUUGGCAGCUUCGCAAGAGGCUUUCGCGUUGGCGUAUCAGUGGCCAUACUGGAUCUCGAUCGCUUUUGGUGGUGUUUGCUUCAUCUUGAGCUUCUUCGUUGGAAAUAUUCGGAACCUUUUGACGGCCAAGGUUGCUCAUCCGGUAUGA